UCAGUGCGACGGGGCCGGCGCUGAGGCGCCAUUAAAUGGCGGCGGGUGCGGCCCCGGGGAGCCGAGCGUGGGAUCCCCGCGCCCCUCCGCAGCCUCCCGGAGCAGGAACCCCUUGGUCAGGUCUGCAGCCAUGGCCACCUCGGCGAGCUCCCAGCUGAGCAAAGCCAUCAAGCACAUGUACAUGAAGCUGCCCCAGGGGGAGAAGGUCCAGGCCAUGUACAUCUGGAUCGAUGGGACAGGGGAGCACCUCCGCUGCAAAACCCGCACGCUGGAUCAUGAGCCCAAGAGCAUUGAAGAUCUCCCCGAGUGGAAUUUCGAUGGCUCCAGCACCUACCAGUCUGAAGGCUCCAACAGUGACAUGUACCUGCGACCUGCUGCCAUGUUCCGGGACCCUUUCCGCAAGGACCCCAAUAAACUUGUCCUCUGCGAGGUCUUCAAAUACAACCAACAAUCUGCAGAGACAAAUCUCCGGCACACCUGCAGGCGGAUUAUGGACAUGGUGUCCAACCAGCACCCCUGGUUUGGGAUGGAGCAGGAGUACACCCUUCUGGGGACAGAUGGACAUCCAUUUGGCUGGCCUUCCAAUGGCUUCCCAGGACCCCAAGGUCCAUACUACUGUGGGGUAGGGGCAGACAAAGCCUAUGGCAGGGACAUCGUGGAGGCCCACUACAGAGCCUGCCUUUAUGCUGGGGUGAAAAUUGGAGGAACCAAUGCAGAAGUGAUGCCAGCUCAGUGGGAGUUCCAGGUGGGGCCAUGUGAAGGGAUUGAGAUGGGGGAUCACCUCUGGAUUGCUCGCUUCAUCCUCCAUCGGGUGUGUGAGGACUUCGGUGUUGUCGUGUCCUUCGAUCCCAAGCCCAUCCCUGGGAACUGGAACGGUGCCGGCUGUCACACCAACUUCAGCACCAAGAACAUGAGGGAAGAGGGAGGUCUCAAGCACAUCGAAGAGGCCAUCGAGAAGCUGAGCAAGCGUCACCAGUACCACAUCCGUGCCUACGACCCCAAGGGGGGGCUGGACAACGCCCGGCGCCUGACGGGUUUCCACGAGACCUCCAACAUCAACGAGUUCUCCGCCGGCGUGGCCAACCGCGGCGCCAGCAUCCGCAUUCCCAGGAACGUGGGCCAGGAGAAGAAGGGAUACUUCGAGGACCGCCGUCCCUCUGCCAACUGUGACCCCUACGCGGUGACGGAGGCCCUGGUCCGCACCUGCCUGCUCAACGAGACCGGGGAUGAACCUUUCGAGUACAAGAACUGAGGGGACGCCGUGCCCGCGGCCACCGCCUGCCCCCCGGCCUUCCCGCACCCCCUAAGCUUCCCUUCUAGCUGUAAUCCCAAGGGUACAAGAUAACACGUUCCGUGUCUCAGUAACUCUUGUUGUCUCGAGGUGGGGAGGAGGGCAAACUUAGUUUUAUCCGUGUCUUGUUUGUCAUUGACUCUGUGGAAGACGAGAGGAGGAGGAGGAGGGGGUAUUAGAGAACUCUUAACCACUGUUCUAUUUUAUGUCUAAUUCAUGUGUACAUCCGACGGGACCCGGUGGCUUCCAGGGACAGGCUGCACACACAGCCAGCCAGCAGGCCAGUAGUGGGGAGCUUGGAACCAGGAGUGACCUCCCUGAGAGUCCCAGGUGUGGUUCUGGCCCCUCUGCUGGGUCUCUGCAGGUGAAGGGGUUGCUGAGGUCGGGGCCUUUGUGAGGAGAGGGGAAGACGGGAGCCGGGAUGGAGCCCCGUGUCCUCCAGGCUGCGGGGUGUGAUGGGGAGAUCUGCACCCUCUGGCCACUCCUGAGAUUUCUGGGAAUCUUCUUCCUCAGCAUGUGAGUGUUGAGGAGAACUCCGCAGUUCUGUCACUGGAAGUCAACCGGUCUCUGGCUCAUAACACAGAGUGGAGUAGUAUUUUUCUAUUUAAAUAUAAAAACAAACAAAAAAAAUUCUAUAUGAAAGUGUUUUUUGUUUUUUUAAGACAAAGAGAUGAUGUUCCAAGGACUCGCCUGGCUAGAGCAGACAGAGCUCCUCAGGAUGCUGUCCGAGGGCUUCCAGGUGGGACUGAGGGGGAACUUGGAGGGCUCGGAGCAGGAGACUGGGAUGAGAUUUGUUUCAGCAUGGAGUGGAUUUUGCAGGGGGUGGUUCCCAGCCCCGGGAAGCCUGCAGGAGCAUUUCUCACUGUAGCUUGAGCAGCCGUGAGCAGGCAGAGCAGCAGGAGGAAGCUGUCCUGAACUCAAAGUUGACCGGUCAACUUCACUGCCUUCUGGACAGAGCUGUAGGGGUUUGACCCUUCCAGCAGGGCUAGCAUGUCACUAAAGCAGGGCUUUUGAUAAAGGAAAAGAAAAAAAAAUAAAAGUUUUAGAUUAUUUUUUUUCAUAAUGUUCUUAGUUUCUAAAACUGAAUGGUUGUACAGAGACUGUUGAUGUCACUGUUGUGUCCUGGAUCUCGGGCUGUCUUUCAUCUUGGCUGUGAUUUGGGCUAGGAGAAGGGAAAGGCCACCUGUCCCUCCUGGCCAGCUCUGCUACCUCCUAGCUCAUGCUGGGAGUUUUGAACGUUCCAGGAUUUUACACUUGGCUCUCGUAGAUGGUGCCAGUUAUAUACUGUUGCAUUUGGACUUCCAGAUAGGUUUGUUUUUUUU